AUCCGCCGUUAAUGGCACAGUGGUUGGAAUGCAGCACAGCAGGUUACUUCUGCUGGCUGCCGGCUGCCAGCUGUUUGGCAAUUCGAAUCCGGCUCAAGGUUGACUCAGCUUUCUGUCCUUCUGAGGUCAGUAAAAUGAGGACCCAGAAUGUUGGGGAGUCUCAGCAUCUUUUUUACAUCGUGGUGACCAAAACUGGAUGCGUACAUCAUCUGCAAAUGGGGAAAGGAUGCUUACCUGUGGGCAGGCCGAGUCCCAGAUACUGAAUGAAGCUCUCUGCCCGGCCACCUUCAUGUGAUGAUUAUAAAUGGAUUCUGGAGGACAGAAGUAUUGGAAAAUGUGAAGAACUGGCAUGGGAUCUUCCCCACUGGCGGACCUCUUCCUGGUUCUGUGCUUGGUAUUCCUGGGUUGGGCCCAGCGUGCCAUGACGUCUCCUUGCCAGAUUGUCUCCAACACCGUCGCUCCUUGCCGAGGCCAAAACUUGCUCCAAGUCCCUCAGGACCUUCCCAGCACUCUGGAGAAAUUGGACCUGUCCUACAAUAAGAUAGAACAGAUUGAUUCUGCAGACUUCUCUGCUUUGACGCAGCUGAAAGAGCUAGAUCUGGGUUACAACCACAUCUUCUCUAUCGCCAACGACUCCUUUGCAUCCAACGUCCUUCUAGAGAAACUGAGUCUCUUCAACAACUCCCUGGGAGAGAUCCCUUCUCGGGCGUUGACGCCGUUGAAGAAGCUCACCGCCUUGUCCAUCUCCAACAAUCUUUAUCCUCUCUCAAGGCUGGAUGGGGUGUUCAGCUCCCUGAAGAACCUUGAAGAGUUGUCCCUGGGCGGCCCUGUUAUUUACAAGGUGGGCAGUGAAGACUUUGCUCCUUUGAAGGACCUUCCGUUGAAGAAGUUCUUCCUGAAAACCGCGUCCGGUUUGACCGAGUAUCAACAAGGGGCCUUCUCUAAGCUCAACACCACCGAAUUUUGGUGUGACAUUGCCCUGGAUAGAAACCCGGAGGCGUUGCCCCUUAUGUUCGGUGACUUGAAGGGGAAGCAGCUCCAGUACCUCCGCUUCCGUAACCUCUUUGAGUUCACCUACUACACCGAUUCCACGGACCUGUUUGCCAGCUUGCCCGAGGUCGAAGUGGAAAAGCUGGUCUUCUACAGGGGGAAAUUCAACGAGAACCUGCUGCGUUUGGUCCUCUUAAACGUCCAGAAGUCUCGGGUGCGAGACCUCUCCUUCAUCGCGAUCGAUUUCGCCCGCUCUCCCAAGUGGAAGCCUCCUGAAGCUGGCAUCGCCAACCUGACUCUUCGCCAUUUGUUGUUGAAGGACAUCAGCAACCCUGACAUUUUGCGUUUUGACUGGACAUUUACUUGGUUUGCCGGAGUUACGUACCUUAGUAUCCUCAAUGUUAACUUUAAUUUUGUGCCCUGCGAUGCCUGGGGGCAAAUGAGGAACGUGGUGGCCCUGGAUGUUUCUAGUAAUCGCUUAUUAGAUGGCUACAUCUACAAUGAAGGCUGUCUCUAUCAAGGAAUCAUGCCCAGGCUGGAGCAGUUCAAUCUUAGCAACAACGGAUUAACCUACCUGGGCAUAAUUUCCAAGCUGACGUCCAGCUGGCCCCGGCUAUCUAAGCUAGAUCUGAGCCACAAUCAAAUCGGGAUCUGUAAGGAUUUGCCGUGUGUUUGGAGCCCCACUCUCGUCUGGUUGGAUUUGGCUUACAAUGUCGUCACAAUGGAGAUCUUCAAGUGCCUUCCCAUCACGUUGCAGUUCCUGGAUUUGUCCUACUCUCAGUUGGAGCGCCUGGAGAUGAGCUAUUUUGAGGUUGCAGUUGACCUUCAGGAGCUGCGGCUGAGCGGGAACAAGAUCAAGUUUAUCCCGACGGAAUGGAGAUGUCCAAAUCUCAGGGUUUUGGCGGUGGAUGGUAACUCCUUUGGUGUCAUCAGCAAAGGUUCCUUUAUGAACAUGCCUCAGCUCACACAGCUGAAAGCGGGGAACAAUCCUUACCAUUGCGUCUGUGACCUCUACGGCUUCCUUCAGGAGACCUUGAAGAAUGGCAAGUUGAAGAUUGUGGACUGGCCCAACGGGUGGACCUGUUAUCACCCCGAGCCCCUCCUGGAUAUGGCUGUGAUGGCUUAUGCGCCGAGGCUGACCCAAUGUAACGUCAUGGUGGUGGUGGCCAUUGCUGUCUCCAUCACAGCCGUUGUGCUGACCGUCAUCAUGGUCUUGUGUUGGUGGUUCAAUGUCCCCUGGUACCUCAAGGCCACCGCUCAAAUUGUGCGUUCCAAGUAUCGGGCCCGCCACUCCUCACCGAUACGAGGUUUCGCCUACCACGCCUUCAUCUCGUACAGCUGCUCCGAUGCAGACUGGGUCAGGCGGGAGCUGCUCCAGAGGCUGGAGGCCUCCACCCCGCCGUACCGGAUCUGCAUUCACGAGCGAGAUUUCACACCCGGGCGGUGGAUCAUUGACAACAUCAUCGAGAACAUUGAAAACAGCCGCAAAAUCAUUUUUGUUCUCUCGCGCAGCUUUGUCGACAGCGACUGGUGCAAUUACGAGCUUUACUUUGCCCACCAGCGGGCAGUGGGGCUGAGCUUCGAGGACGUGGUCCUGGUGGUCAAGGAAGCCAUUGACCCCCAAGCUCUGCCUAAUAAAUUUUGUAGACUGAGGAAGAUGCUCAGCAAACGGACUUACUUAGAGUGGCCUCCGGAGCCCAGUCGCCAGGCCUUCUUCUGGGUGCAGCUGAUGUCCGUCCUGGGGAAGGCUGAGGCAAUCCGGACUGACCCCAAGGAGGAUCCGGGCAACGUCACUUGGGGAACAGACGGCACGGCUGACAAUAAGCUCGAAAUGGAUCGUGUGAUUAAUGCAGACACUGCACCAGCGUGUUAAAUAGGACUUAGUUUAAGCCUAGAGGAACAUGAGAAUUUAACAGCUGAGUUCACAUCUAGUGAUUUUUUUUAAAUCAUGGUUUAUUAAGGAAGCUGCAAUGGCUGGAUUUAUAGAUAAUGUUCAAGCUGUAGACCAUGGUUUAUGAUUGCUAUAAUUGAGUUCACGCAGCAUGCUAAGCCAACACCAAAAUGCUCACAGGAUGGGCUUGUUUUUCUAUCUCAGACAUGUCAAACACAAGGCCCGGGGGCUGGAUGUGGCCUGCGACGUGGUUUCAUGUGGCCCACGAAACCAUCCUGGAACCAGUGAGGGAACACCCCCUGUUGCUUUGGCCCUGGCCCAGGCUGGCCGGGAGCCAAUGUACAAUUUUGUGGUGGCCAUCUAUGCCGAAACGCAUUCAGUCUUAGCUCUACGAGGCCAUCUAGAAACAGCGAGGAACCAGCC